UGACCUGUCACCCCAGCGUGGUGUUGUUCAAGCCUCACUCGAAAAUCUUUCCCCUGCCCAAGAAGGUACGUACCCCCCCCCCCCCGGUCGUAAAUGAGUAAGAUAUGGCAAAGCUCCUUGACAAGCCUAUGCUUCAGACAUUCUCGGAAGUAUCUUGCCAAGGCAAGUACAAUGUACUCAUGGGUGCAUACUACUAUUCUCUACGAUCUCCGGGAUUGGGCCCAAUUGGUUCCCUGAAGCUGAACCGAUCCUCACUACUUGUCGGCCAGAGUCUAUUGUCUAGUGUUGAUUCUAAGAACUCUCCUUUCCUUUUUUACGAACCGGUGGUAUUUUGUUUUUACUGUUAUACUCUACUACCUCUAUCUUCAAGAAACCAUCUCUCAUCGCAACAGCCGCCUCUGGAAAACAAAUACGGCUCAUCGACAAACCAGCACACAUUUUGUGAUCCAAUAGUGCUGAUUCUGAUCAACUCACCCGUGUGGACGACAAUGGCUCGUAUGCAACCGCCCACCUGGGACCGCUGGUCCGGGCACUAUCAACAGAACACCCAAUACUCGACCAUGGAUGCAUCUGCUAUGAUGCCUUAUGAUCCGAGGACAACGACGGCUCCGAUGCAGACGCAUCCCCAUGGACCGCAGUAUGCCAUUGGAACCACUUAUGCUAUGGCCUCUGUGCCAAGUAUGGCUCCAGUAUCUGGGAUGCCGCCACACAGCAAUUUUGGCGUAAAUCAAUAUACUCCCACAUCACCAUCAUCAAUGGUCAUGUCAUACCGCUCGUAUGCGGAUGAGCGAUCUUCUAUAAACGAGCCCUCACACGGUGUGCAUUAUCAUGCUCGAGAGGUGCCGCCAAUGUACAGGCAAGAGCAAGGUUCCAGUCCCCAAAUAAAGAGCGAUCCUAUGCCAUCAGGCCAGUUGCCUUUGCCACCAGUCCCCAAGCUUAGGACACCGGCAGAGGCAGCUGCCCCUAAGCCUACCCCUUUCAUUGGAGAGACGCCUAUCGAUGAGAUGAUGCGCAAAAUCCAAGCACAAAAUGACGAGGACGAAGAGGAAGAGGAAGAGGAAGAGGACGAAGAAGAGGAGGACGAGGAGGACGAGGGGCUCAUCUCCCCAAAGGCUUACCAAUCACCACCAUGCAGCAAUGCAUCGGGGUCAAGAUCUUCGAGUCCCCGCUCUACACGCAGCAAGCGCCGCAACAGUAAAACCCACCACAAGGAGAAGCGCAGGUGUACAUGGGAGGGUUGUAAGCGGACUUUCACCCAGGGCACGCACAUGAGAAUACACAUGCGUAGCCACACUGGCGAGAAGCCCUAUACAUGCGGCUGGAAAGAUUGCCAUUGGACCUUUUCUCAGCACGGAAACUUGAAGACCCACUAUCGUCGACACACAGGCGAGAAGCCUUACGCCUGUGACCAAUGCUCCAAGACCUUUGCACAAAAGGGCAACUUGAGAGCACACCAGUCAGUUCACGAUCCAACGAAGCGGUUCCACUGUUUGAUUGAGGGCUGCCAUAAGCCAUUCACUCAGAGAGGAAACUUGAAGAACCACCAAAACAAGUUUCACAAGGAAUCCGUCGCCAAGUACACAGCAUUGUUCGCUCAGAAGGCUUACACUGAGCUCAGCGAGGAAGACCAGAAGAUCUUCCUUCAUUUCAAGGAGAUCUAUGCCAAGAUGAACCAAGGCAUCAAAGGUCGCGGUGUUGGCCGAUCCAUCCAGAAGAAGUCGGCCAAUAACAGCCAAACUUUCCAGGAGAUGUCUAACUACUCGAUGCAGCAGAGAACACCUCCUAUGGAGCACUCGCUGCCACUUCAUCAAUUCUCUCAAUUGUCCGUUCACAACCCGUCCAAUUUGCCUCAACAUGGCCUGCCUCCUCAAGCACAAACGUGGCAGGGCUACUCUAUCCCACGUGAUGGCGGCUACCAGCCGAUACAUACUGCUCGGCCGCAGUAUGAGAUGUACGAGAUGGAGCACGAACCCAUUUCCAGCAAUGCGUCCAGUGCCGGAACUCUCAACACACCGACGGCCUCGAUAUACGAAGAGGAACACAACCGUGGUCUGGCAUUCCGCGAUCGGUACUAGGUUACGUUCGAGGACAUGAUACACAUGAGGAUGAACUUUAUGAUUACGCGGCAAGCUGUAUGACGCUACGUGAUAUUCCUUCCGUGAGGAGAUGCGACGGACACACACCAGCGAGCGCCAGAAAUCCAACAAACGCA